AUGUAAUUCAUUGUAAUCUUUUACAAUUAUAUGAUUCAUCAUAUACGAAUGAAACAUAAAUGGUUCCAUGCAACAUAUAUCCAAAGGUGUGAUCUUGUAUUAAUUAAAAAUUUCAUAUCCUAUGGAUAUACACUUUUGAGAUUUUUAUCAAUCUUUAUGCACUGUAAACAUUUUUAUAAGUAUAUAUAAUAUAUUAAUAAAUUAAGGUAAUUUAAUACAAUAAGCAGGAUUGAUAACAAUACAAUUGUUAAAAAGAGAGAAAUAAGAUUACAUAUAUGUUAUAAUAAAUAUAAGAAUGUCACACUUGGAGUUGGAUCCCCAGUUUACACAAGGUUUACACCUUUUACAUUCUACUAAUAAAGAUGCAGCAGAACAGCUACGAGCACUGUUAGAUGAAGCGAUUAAACAGAAAUAUGGGCCCUCAAAGAUGUUAUCAAAUGUAUUACAUAAAAAGUAUAUGAUGGAGGAACCAGUAUUAAGCGAUCACAGCAGCAACAGUAGUAGUAAAAAGAGUAAAAGUUCAACAUCUUCUAAACAUUCGAGUAAAUCAAGUAAAAACAGUUCACCUGUGAACCUGCCAACGCGUGACACACCACCUGAUAUUAUACAGACUGAUAAUACUCUAGCAUUAGAAAUAUUAGAAGAUGAUCUUACAUGUGUAAUUUGUAAAGGAAUGGAUGUUGGAGCAAGAAACAGGCUUGUCGAAUGUUUAGAAUGCCACUCUUUGUAUCAUCAAGAAUGUCAUGUGCCACACAUUUUAGAUUCGCAAAUAGAUGUACCAGGAUUAGUGUGGUAUUGUUCGAAUUGUUCCAAAUCUCAGGCCUCAAAAGAAAGGAGCUCUCCAAAAACAGUGAUAGAGAGCAAAUCCAAAGAACAGAAAAAAUCAAACUCCAUAGGUGGGGGAAAUAAAGUGACACCAAAUAUUCACAUUAUAAGCGCUGAUAGAAGAUUAAAAGACAUGAUGAAGAAAGCUAAACAGGACAAACGAAAUACAAAUACUACCCCAAAUUCAAAGAAUUCUUCAUCCAAUUCACCGUCAUUGUCUUCGACGAAAUCUCAGGAAAAAUCCUUACUGUACAAAAUUAAAUCAGGUGUAGAGUGAAGUUUUUAUCUAUAUUAACGUUGAAACGAUAUCUUAUAUUUAUACUAGAGAAAAAAUUUUAACAAAUUUCACUAAAAAGUAUAGCCACAAUGAAUAUAAUUAACUUCUGAUAGCAAAA